CCCCAGAGUCUGUGCUUUCCUGCCUGCUUUCUCUUUCUUUUCUGGCUCAGCCUGGGACACACGGACACACGCUGAUAUCAGAGGAGUCUCAGGUCUUGCAUUUUAAUGUCAGUGAUGGAAAAACACAAGAAUGAUUCCUGGAUCCACCAGCAGGAACGGGAAGACCCAUCCGAGAAAUACCUGAACAGCAGCGAGGACUAUCUGGUCUUCCUCUAUGGGCCUCCCCGCAGCCACUUCUUCUUCCCAGUGACUGCAGUGUAUGCCCUGAUUUUUAUAGUGGGGGUCGUUGGCAAUUUCCUGGUGUGCCUGGUGAUUCUUCGGCACCAGAAUAUGAAGACACCCACCAACUACUACCUCUUCAGCUUGGCUGUUUCCGACCUCUUGGUCCUGCUCCUUGGGAUGCCCCUGGAAGUCUACGAGAUGUGGCGCAAUUACCCCUUUCUGUUUGGGCUCGUGGGCUGCUACUUCAAGACGGCCCUCUUUGAGACGGUGUGCUUUGCCUCCAUCCUCAGCGUCACCACCGUGAGCGUGGAGCGCUACGUGGCCAUCCUCCACCCCUUCCGCGCCAAGAUGAAGUGCACCCGGCGGCGGGCUCUCAGGAUCCUUGGCAUCGUCUGGGGCUUCUCUGUUCUCUUCUCUCUGCCCAACACCAGCAUUCACGGCAUCAAGGUCCACUACUUCCCCAAUGGGUCCUUGGUCCCAGGCUCUGCCACCUGUGCAGUCAUCAAGCCCAUAUGGAUCUACAAUUUCAUCAUCCAGGUCACUUCCUUCCUCUUCUACGUCCUCCCCAUGAUUGUCAUCAGUGUCCUCUACUACCUCAUGGGGCUCAAACUAAAGAAAGACCACCUCCUUGGGGCAGAUGAAGUGGCUGCAAAUAUUCAAAGACCUGCCAGAAAAUCCGUCACCAAAAUGCUGUUUGUCUUGGUCUUAGUGUUUGCUCUCUGUUGGGCCCCAUUCCACAUUGACCGGCUCUUCUUCAGCUUUGUGGAGGAGUGGACUGAAUCCCUGGCUGCUGCGUUCAAUCUCAUCCAUGUGGUAUCAGGUGUCUUCUUCUACCUGAGCUCAGCCGUCAACCCCAUUAUCUAUAAUGUACUCUCUCGCCGUUUCCGGGCAGCAUUCUGGAACGUGAUCUCUCCUUGCAAACAGGGGCACUCCCAGCACCACGCACAGGGGCCACCUGCCCAGCGGAACAUCUUCCUGACAGAAUGUCCCCUUGUGGACCUGACUGAAGAUGCAGGUCCCCAGUUCCCUUGUCAGUUGUCAAUCAGCAGCUCUCACCUCCCUACAACCCUCUGUACUGGACAGGUACCAUAAAAGGAAUGCUCAAAGAGUUGACAUUCCUCUAUGCUGCCUUACCGUAGGAAAGGACAUCUGUAAUUUAUGGCUCCUAUUGUGACAAUAGGGAGGUUAAAUGAGUCUUAAAAUUUACAUACCCAUUUCUAAUUUGGGUGGGUUCUCUUUUUUAGACAAACUUCUACUAAAACUGGAUCUAAAACCUAGAACCUCCUGAUUUUUAGUGACAUUUCCAUUAUCCCAACUGACUCAUGCCCCUUCACUAGUUCAUGGAAAGAAAAAAAAAUAUUAUGACCAGUAAAGUGUGAUACCUAUACUUUGAGUAAUUUUUACUUUGGGAAGUAAUUUAUCCUGACUCAUCCGCACUUGGAGUUAAGCUGUUAAACUCUCACAACCGAUGGCCCCUGUGGGACAUAAAAGGGAGACCUGUAGAUGCUAUGCUAUUUUACAUAUUUGAGGGAUCCAUGUCAAUGUUCUUCCACAGCAAAGUAUUUAUCCUACUGCCUCACAUUUUGUCAUUAUAAUGUAAUUCAUCAGUAUUUUGAAGCCUGUUACUUGAAAAGUCCUGGUAAUAUGGGGAUGCCUCUUAGAACUAUUAUUCCCACCUUCCUGAUCCUCAAGUCAUUCUCAGUCAUUCCGCACCAGGAAUGAGAUCGGAUCCAAGUUCUACUUAGAGAAGAAAGGGAAGAGGGAGAAGGCCAUGGUGGAGGGUCAAAAGAGGUAUAAAAUGAUCCAAACACAAACUUAGCUGUUUUCAUAAUUUGCUUUAGACAUGGAUUUCUAAAGUCUUACUCCAUAAGCAGAUAGAGGUAUGGUCUACAAUCUUGGGAAAAAACCCAGGUCAGAUAGUAACUACUGGUCUCAAACCCAUGAUUUUACUUACAAAAUCUUUCAUUAACUAUAUAAUAGUCUUCACACAUAUGAGAAAAAUCAACUUUACAGACUCAUCUCCUAUUAUAUCAGCACAUGUAAUGUAUAUUCUAUUUAAAAUGGAUUACUUGCUCUCCUAAUGCAAAUACAACCCAGUUGUCCCAGCUGCACAUAUUUGCUUAGAAAAUGCCCUCUUCAUCUCCAGGCUCCAUCUGUUGCUCUCCCACCCAUCCUUCAAUGUCCAUCUCAGUGUGGUGCCACCAUAAAACCAUGCUUGGUUUAUUCAAAUAGAUGUGGUAUCUGACCUCGCUGUCAGUCUCUCUCUUAAGCUUUUUCCUCACUCUGCUUUGUAGUUCAGGAAUUUAUAUUCUUGUUUUGUCAGAAUGUAAAUUUGUCAAAGGCAUGAAAUAUCUUGCGUUCAUUUUUGCUGUUGCUGGAAUCCUGGCAAUAUAUCUGUCACGAUGGUAGAUGUUCAAUAAAUAUGUGGUAAGUGAGUUGACUUCACAUUCCAAUGUACUGAGCCAAAGAACAGCUCCAGGUGGAACCAUGUCAAGAGCCAAAAGACUAAGAUUCUGUUUCUGAGGGGGAUAUCUGACCCUCAGUUGGCCGUUUAGCUGGUUGUGAUUAUAAUAGCAUGUCUGCAGU